AUGCCCUCAAGAGACCGCUCAUCUAGCAGCGCCUCGGAAGCAAGCAGCUUCUCAUCGAGGUCACCUUCGCCCGACCCUGGUGUUGCAGCUCUAAAGCGAAAAAGAUCACCAACACGUUCUGUCUCCGCACCCAUCACUUCGUCACGCUCGCCAUCACGGUCAAGAUCGCCACCUCCAAGGUCAAGAAGACGCAGGUCCAGCAGAGAUAGCUCGCCAUCCGUGAGCAGCGAUGAAGGCAGAACAGAGCGCAAGAGCGACUCUCGCGCUCGCGCAGCCCUCGAACACGAGGCGAAGGCUAAGGAGACCGCGGCAAAGGGCGAAGCUUUGCGGUCGGCAUUGGCGCAACUGUCUGCAACCAAAGCAGGCGGUGCUUAUAUACCUCCAGCUCGACUCAAGGCGCUCAUGGCUGAAGCUGCCGCCGCCGACCCAGGCAGCGUAGAAUAUCAGCGCAUGAGCUGGGACGCCCUCAAGAAGAGCAUCACCGGUCUCGUCAACAAGGUAGCCGUCGAAAACAUCAAGAGCAUCGUCCCCGAACUAUUCGGCGCCGCCAACCUCAUCCGCGGCCGAGGUCUCUACUGUCGCUCCAUCAUGCGUGCACAGGCUCUGUCCUUAUCUUUCACGCCAGUAUUCGCAGCGCUCACAGCUAUCGUCAAUACGAAGCUUCCCAUGGUUGGCGAGCUUUUAGUCGUCCGUCUAGUCUCGCAGUUCCGACGUUCCUUCAAGCGCAACGACAAGGCAGUCUGCAACUCGACCGCCAUGUUCAUCGCCCAUCUUGUCAAUCAGAGGGUCGUCCACGAGGUUCUUGCCCUCGAGAUUUUGGUGCUGCUUCUUGAGAAGCCCACCGAUGACAGUGUCGAGAUCGCGGUCGGCUUCAUGCGCGAGGUCGGCGCUUUCCUUGCCGAAGAAGCACCGAAGGCGAACAAUAGCAUCUUCGAUCGCUUCCGAGCUGUCCUUUAUGAAGGGGAGAUCAACAAACGUGUGCAGUACAUGAUCGAGGUGCUUUCUCAAGUACGCCGCGAAGCAUUCAAAGACAACCCCCGCGUUCCCGAGGCGCUCGACCUCGUCGAAGAGGAGGAUCAGAUCACCCAUCGUGUCAGUCUGGACGACCAGCUUAACGUUGAAGAGGGUCUCAACGUUUUCAAGAAGGAUCCCGAAUUCAUCGAGAACGAGGACCGCUACCGCUCCAUCAAGGCAGAGAUCCUUGGUGAGGACUCGGACAGCAACGGCAGCGACUCCGAUGCCGACAGCGAGAGCGUCACCGAUUCCGACGAAAGCGAUGAUGAAGACGAGGCCGGUGGUCGGGAAGAUGCUCAGCGUCAACUCGAAAUCCACGACAGGACCGAGACAAACCUCAUCAACCUCCGACGCACCAUCUACCUCACCAUCAUGUCCUCGCUCGACUUUGAAGAGAGCGUGCACAAGCUUCUCAAACUCGAAGUACCGGAAGGUCAGGACAUUGAGCUUUGCAACAUGAUUGUCGAAUGUUGCUCGCAGGAGCGCACCUACAGCAAAUUCUACGGCAACAUGGGCGAGCGCUUCUGCAAGCUCCACCGCAAAUGGGCCGACACAUUCGCGCAAAGCUUCAGCAACUACUACGACACAAUUCAUCGCUACGAGACCAAUCGCCUCCGAAACAUUGCACGAUUCUUUGGUCAUCUUUAUUCCACCGACAGCAUUAGCUGGGCGUCUCUGUCCGUCAUCCACAUGAACGAAGAAGACACCACCAGCAGUUCGAGAAUCUUUGUCAAGAUCCUCUUUCAAGAGAUGCAGCAGCAACUGGGUCUCAAAGAGCUUGCCGAACGCUUCAAGGAACCGACACUUCAAGAGGACUGGAAGGGUCUCUUCCCGACCGACAAUCCCAAAAGUACGCGCUUCUCCAUCAACUACUUUACAUCGAUUGGUCUGGGUGUUUUGACCGAGGACAUGCGGGAGUAUCUCAAGAAUGCACCCAAAAUCCUCUUGGCGCAGCGACAAGCCGCAUUGGCCGCACGAGGCUCGGACGACAGCGACACCGACUCGUCGAGCGUGUUAUCCAGCAGCACCGGCUCACGCAGUCGAAGCUCGUACUCAUCCUACUCGCGCUCAUCUCGAUCCUAUUCGUCCCGGUCCUACUCUUCCAGAUCGUACUCAUCGCGCUCAAACGAUUCUCGGUCCCCGUCGAGGUCUCGAUCUCGGUCUCGCUCCUACUCGAGCCGUUCGUACUCCUCUCGAAGUCGCAGUCCCAGGCGUAGUCUGAGCCGGAGCCGGAGCCCUCCUUCGUAUCGCCAUCGAGGCCGAGGCAGAAGCCGCACGCGAUCUGCCUCGUAUCCGUCAUAUUCAUCCAGGUCUCGGUCGAGGUCCAGGGCACGUUCAUACUCCCGCUCGCCCACUCCAAGACGUUCGUAUUCGCGCUCGCGCUCGCCCGCGCCCAGAGAGCGAGCCACACGUCCUCGUUCGCGAUCUGAGGAUGCAUCGCGACGCCCUCAUCGCCGAUCUCCGUCCAGGUCUGCCUAUUCCGGCUCGGAAACGGAUGACUCCAGGUCGCGCUCUCCUCCGCCUCGGUCAGGCCGCAUCAGCGAUCGAUCUCCGUCGUACUCCAGAUCUCCUCCGCCUGUGCGACGUCGAUGA